UUUUAAAUGAGCGUGAGAGCCAGCCAAGUGGAUUUGGAAGGAGUAGAGCACGACAGAGAGGAUUUAAGGCAAGAGACUGGAGAUAGAGUGAGAGAAGGUGGGGACGGAGGAGAAGGAGUGGAGAGGAAGCAGAGAUUGGUUUAUAUGGGAGUGAAGAAUAAACAAAUUCCUGUAGAGAGGAUUUCGGAGUAUUGGUUUAGAGGGUAUGAUGAUGAGGUUAAUGAGAUUUUUAAAAGGGAGACAGAAGAGAAUAUGAAGGCUAUUGAAAGUCAGAUUUAUAAAAAUAUGAAGAUUUAUUGUUACCAUUGCAAGGAGGACACAAGGACAAGGAAGUUCUUUAUCAAAUGGGGAACCUACUCAGAACUACUCUCCAUUAUUGAUCUAAUUAUCCGCAUUUGUCUUCCUGCAAUAAUUCUCUAUGCAUUAUUAGGAUUGAUAUAUUAUGGAAUCACUUAUCCUAAAUGGAGUAGAAUGCUGAGCCAUGCCUUACUCCUAGUUUUAAGCCUUGGUAUAGCCAUCUGGUUUAUCGUAAUUUUUAGGAAAGUUAAGCACCAUUACUGCAGAAGUUGAAGAGCCCGCUUAAUUUCAAAGUAUUCUAAUGUUAUUGUCUGCCAUAUGUUUGAUGGAAUUGAGGGUUAUUAUAGAAUGAAUCAUGCGAAUCUGUAAUAAUAACUCUUUCAAUAA